AUGUGGCGUGAGACAGUUUCAGUGCACGGCUACAACGCACCAGUCUUCCACGAAUUAGCUUCCCACAACGCCAGCGUGAAAGCAGAGACUGUGCCAUUAACCAACCAUCUUGGCAAUUGCGUUGAAAGGGACACCCGCUUCGGCAACGGAGACUUGGGAUCGAAAUCUGGCAUGUGCACUCACAAUCUCUUGACAGGGACUACAUGCUCCCAAACUAGCCUCGGCAACCAACAUAUGGUAUCAGAAGCGCGGCAUCGGCGCUGUGCCGAUGAGGCUUGUCCAACCGAAAGCACCAACCGAUAG